GUUAUCUGUUAUUCUCUCAACACCACAGAAGUGCAUAUGAUAUUUAAAAUGCAAUGAACUAUAGUUGUCGACCUUGGGUUUAACUGCUUCUUUGAAUGGGCUGGCAGGAAUAGUAAAUAUACUGUAUGGAAGAGUAAAAUAACCAAGUAAUAUUUAAGUUCUUGUUACUCGUGGUUUCAUGUAUACGGGUAAGACGACUCUUUUUUUGAUGGAGUGGUCAUGUUCUUCUGAGACGCAGUAAUACAAAGAGAAUUACUUUGCCUUAAAUUUGGAAAGGCUGUGUGAGUGUGGGUUCCCAGCGGACAUCGCCUUAGUUUGCCGGCUGUCUCCGGGAUUCCGAGCGCUCGCAGUCUGAUUGGCUAAGGGGCUUCGCGCGACUCGGGAUCGCUGCUGCCCCGAUUAGAUAAGAAGCGACUUCAAAUAUGUGGAAAUUAUAUUAAUCAGAUGAAGAAAAAACAUAUGCAAUGGCAUGUGUCAACCAAGAAGUUUCAAUAGUUUGGUCAGUUUUAAAGACCGACUCGUGUUUCGCAAGUGCCGCUCUUACUCCCGUCGGGGUAAUAAAUGUGUCAUAGUCUGAGGACGUUUUAUGUGUUUAAUUUAUUGAAUUUCCAACAUAGUCAUUACACUUCGCGUAUGCACGAACGAUUAAUGGUGUGUUUUCGUGAGGCUUUGUUCUCGAUGGCCUGAGUCAAACUUGCAGUAGAAAUCAAGGGCGAGUGUUUUACUUUGGAUCGAAGUAUUAUUAUUUUGUUGCUUCAUAAAAUCAUUUACCUAUUGAAACUUAUUUGACUUGAGACUAUUGCUGCCUGUGUACUGUGAUUAUGUGUAUUAAACUCUUACAUAAUACGACUAGGCCUAUAAUAAUAGGUCGGAUACAGUAUUGCGUAUAGGAAUAACAAGGCUGGAAGGAGUUAAAUGGUAGGUAUUCUCACGUACCUGGUCAAACUGGAUGAGUAACUCUACAGUUUCAGGCUAUAAAAAGAGAAAGAAGGAGGGGUGGUCAAUAAAGCGAGAGAAGCAGUAAGAACUGAGCGGCCGAGGCAAGCCGUCAGCGUCUUCAUUGAGGAUUUAGCAAUGGCUGAUAUCUCACAAUACUUAGUCAAUCACCUGGUGACCUUCUCCCUGCAGGGUGGGGAGGUCCAGAGCGUGGAGGAGGCCCUCUCUCGGCUCUCCCACCUGGCCCGCACGGACCGCCUCUGGAGCCAGGAGAUGCUGGUAGAAGUCAGUCGAGACACCGUCAGGCUGAGGGAUGCUCAGAACCAGGAUGAGCUGGAGGCUUACCCCGUCUCCUGCAUCCAUCGCUGUGACGCUAUCCUCACAGAGAAAGAGUUUCCCUCCUUGCUGCUCCUCGUGUGCCAGUACGGUCCCCGAAAAAAGCCCGACAUUCAUUUCUUCAACUGUGAGAACAUAGGGGCGGAACCGAUCCGUGAUGACAUCAUCAGCGCAGUGUCUGAUCACACGUCGAAGACUAACAGGCGUCCUGAGGUUUUGAGGAUGAACCAGGCCCGAUUGGUCCAACCUUCUACUGCCGCUGGAGCCAUGAAGGAACAGGGCCCCCAGGGGAUUCCCAACCCCCCACUACUGCAAGCCCCCAACCUUCCUCCCUCCACGCCUCCCCCACACUCAGGAAUGAAAGUGAACGGAUCCAGUGGUGACCAGGCCAAUCAGGCUUUCAGACAGGCCCAGAGAGAAGUGGAAAUCCUUAACCACUGUUUCAACGACAUUGAGAUCUUCAUGGGCAGGCUGCAGAAAUCAGCCGAAGCCCACAGCAUUCUGAGCCAGAGGAACAAGAAGAAGAAGAAAAGCAGCAAAAGCCCAGAAGAUGACUUACUCUCCCUGAGAGCACGUCCACCUUCAGAAAAUGAAUUCUUUGAUAUCUUCCAGAAAUUCAAGUACUGCUUCAGUCUAUUGGCCCGGCUAAAAACGUCCAUCACAAACCCAAGCUCAGAAGAGCUGCUUCACCAUGUCUUCAAACCUCUGGAUAUGAUCGUGAAGACCACGGGAGGGCCAACGCUGGGAGCGGGGGUGGCCAGCCCAGCCCUGACCGACGCAGCUGUGUCACUGCUGCAGGAGAACCUGACCCCAGAAGAGACACAGCUGUGGACAGCACUGGGACCCAACUGGACACAAGCACGCUCUCAGCAGCGAGGCCCAGUUCUGUCCUACACCCCCGUCUUCCUGGAUGGCUGGAAGCCCGACCCAGUCGACCCGCAUGGACGGGUGUGGGAGGAUCCCAUAGAGGCACAACACAAACUGGACUCACAGAGAAAGCAGCAGAGGUCUUCUAUUCGGUCGGUCGAGCUUCCCAAGUUUGCAGCACAUGCUGGCGACGAAGUGGAGGGUAGUGGACUUCCCCCGGAGGCAGAGAGACUCUACCGCUGCAGCUAUGACUUCGUGGCUCGGAACAGCAGCGAGCUGUCUGUGCUCCACGGAGAGACCCUGGAGGUGAUUGAGUCAUCAAAGCGAUGGUGGAAGUGUCGCAAUCGGUUCGAUCAGAUUGGCUUUGUGCCCUUCAACAUCCUGGAGCCGCUGUCUGCCUUGAACGACACAAACAUGCAAAACCUGGAUGAUCAGAUGAAACCGAAGGGAAAUGCCUCCCCAACAGCACCCAGACCGUACUCAUACGCCCCUCCCGCUUCACCCCCCCUCCCCGACCCUACAACUUUCCGGCCACGCAGUAUGCCCUCCAACCCCUCCCACAUCAUGUCCGGGGACAGCACAGACCGAGUGAUGGUGAUGAACGAUGAACUUCUGCAGCGGCUGACGCAUGGGAAGGCCAGCUUUUCCCGCCCCCUGGUCAUUCCCCGCUCCUCAGACACCUCCGCCCCCCUGCACUACAACUCCCCGCCAUCCGAGGUGGAGGAGUGGCUGCGAGGAAAGGGCUUCAGCGAGCCUACUGUGAGCUGCUUGGGCGUGUUGACUGGCGCACAGCUAUUCUCCCUCAACAAAGAGGAGUUGCGUGCUGUUUUGCCAGAUGAGGGCACUAGAGUCUACAGUCAGAUCAUGGUGCAAAAGGCUUUGCUGGAGGAUGCCCACAAGGUCUCGGAACUGGAGGCAGUAAUGGAGAAGCAGAAGAUGAAGGUGGACCACAAUCUGGAAAGCACCACAUUCUGAGGGACACCAAGGCGCCAACAGUACACAGGCUCAGGUCAACUGGGUCCCACACUGGGUCCCUUCUGAGAAAGCUUCAAAGGCUUCAGUUCUGGACUCAGCUUGUCUGUAGGGACGCAAUCACAUCACCUUAACGCCACAAAGAUCCAAAGACUGAUAAAUCGAUACAUUCUCAAAUCUGCUUUGUCCGCUCAGCAAAUCUGCUGCUGUGUCCUGCUUCGGCUCAAUAGGGCCAGGGGUGCUGAAGAUACACAACAAAUGUAUUUUGUAUCAAAAUGCAAGACAUGCAUGCUGAGGAAAUAUUUAGAGUAUAUGAAUCAUCUGAAGAACUGAAAAUGACUAAAUGUGCGGAUUUUUUUUUAAGAAGGAUUAUCUGGAGGUUGCUUGCCAGUGUAAGAUUUAACUGUAUGACCGUUAACUGUGCAUAAGAUUGGAUAUAAAUGGCAGUAUUGUCACAACUGAAGACGGAUACCACGUUGUAUAACUAUUAGGUUCUAGCUUUGCAUAACCCCUUAUCAAUGAAUAAAAGUGUUAAGGACCAUUUCAAGAACUCAUCAAUCUAGAAUAUGGGAAACUGCAAGCUGAAUUUAUCAUAGAUUCUAAAUCCUGACUUGGUAAAUGCUUGUAACAGGAGCACAUUUGAUAUGUUACCUUGAACACACCGUCAAUCACAAGCAUGAUAGUUGGGGACCAUGUAAAUGACAGAGCUGGGAUUAAACUAUAUUUAAACUGCUGCAACCAAAUGCUUUGGAAUUGUAUAAACAUACUCCACUCCUAGGUGAAAUAAUUUAUAAUAAAACAGAAAAAAACUACUAAAA